AUGGAGUUGAUCAGAUUUAUGGUUGAUGCAAGAUACAAAGACAAACAGGCUGAUAUCAAGGGCAUCAAAGAAUCGCUUGCAAAGAUAACUGGCACUACCCCUGCACCAAUCUUUGAAAAAGAUGAUGAAGAUGAUGCCUUAAAGGGGGAGAAUGAUUCUAUGAAAAACUUUGGCAAACCUAUACCAAGGAAUCAGCCAAAACAAAAGCCAGAGCCUGCCAAGAAGACCUCUGCAAAAUCUUCUGGAAAAUCUGACAGUGGUAAGAAAAAAGGAGUUGAUGAAACCAUUAACAAACAGGCAGAUAAGGAGAUUGAAGCAAAGCAGAAGAGAAGGGAUACAAAAGAAAGUAGACAACAUGUUCUAAGGCAGGAAUUGGAGAAAAGGGUGAAGAAAGAAAACAAAGUGCUAAACAUUGGAACCUUAAACAGAAGAAAAUCAUUCAGAAGCAACAACCCUCCCAUUGCCACAUUCCCUAAACCUAAAUCACAACCACAAAAGCCAACCACUGCUGGUUCCAAAAAGCCAAACACUGAUACAUCCAAACCUAAACCUUCACCACAAAAACCACCUCAUAAAAAGCAGAAAACAAAUCCCUCGUCACCACCACCAUCUUCCAUAGCAACAGAUGUUGAUGCACCAAAAGCAUCAUCAGAUGUUAAGACAACAGCUGUUGAGACACCGGUGGUUUCAACAGUUGUUAGUCAAACCACUGAUUCUACCCAUUUUGUUUCUCCACCAUCAACAAAACCACCAACACCUCAAAGAUUCCCAUCACAAACAACCCUUACACCCAUAGCAUAUUCUCCAUCAAAAACUCCUCCUCCUCCAAAGUAUGUCUAUACAAGAAAAAGAAAGUUCAUGGUGCAUGAAGAAGAAAAGGAAAUACCAGCACCAAUCCCUAUAUCAUCUACUCCUUUCAUUCCACCUUCAUCACCUCCACAAACCAACCCAAUCAACCAACUACCCAUUGCUUACACCUCACAAAACAUUCCAUUGGCAGUUAAAUAUCCUCUGGAACUGCUUGCAGUUUAG